CAUGAUUCAUGACGUCAUUAUCAAUCAUGGUGUCUCAUUACUACUGAUCACAAGAUCAGAGGCAAGCAGAUCAGAGGCAAGCCAUGACAUCUUAAUAAUUUUUGUUUGUGUCUGAUGCUGACUAUCUUCAAAAUAUUGUGAAAAGAGCAGUCAUCUGUUGAGCAUAGGAUAUUGGCCAUUGUGUUAUCAUGUCGGGGCGGUCGAAGUUGUUGAAGGUGGUGCUACUGGGAGAUGGAGGAGUCGGAAAAAGUUCCCUCAUGAACAGAUUUGUCAGCAAUAAAUUUGAUGCACAGAGUUUCCACACGAUUGGUGUGGAAUUUCUCAACAAAGAUGUUGUGGUGGACGGAGAGAACUACACCAUGCAGAUUUGGGACACAGCUGGCCAGGAGAGGUUCAAGAGUCUGCGCACGCCGUUUUACCGGGGAGCUGACAUCUGCAUGCUCACAUUCGCCGUGGACGAUCGGAAAAGCUUUGAGAAUCUACCCAUGUGGAAGCGGGAGUUCCUGUACUACGCCGACAUCCAGGAGGGCACGCCGUUCCCUUUCCUGGUGCUGGGCAACAAAGUGGACGUGCCGUCCCGCGACGUUGGGGAGGAGGCGGCCCGCUCUUGGUGUGCCCGCAACGGCAACCUCCCAUAUUUCGAAACGAGUGCGAAGGAUUCAACCAAUGUAGAUAUGGCCUUCAAAUCGGCGGUCGGCCGGUUACGCGAAAUGGAGGACCAAAUGGACGAGAAGCCUAUGCACAGUGCAAACGCGGUGGACCUAUCCAAAAAGGCAAAGUCUUCAAACUCUGGAUGCUGCAGUUAAAAGUGACUAACUGUGUAUUAGGGUGAUUCAUUUCUGCUCUUGUGUGCUGUUCAUGGCUGUCUUACUGUUGAGACGAUCUUCGGAGAGAGCCUUGGGCAUUUUCUUCCAUGUCCUCACGGGAAGGUUUGUUCCAAAGUUCACCUUCUCUGGCACAAGACACUGGUGUUUUCAAUUUGCGUGUGGUCAGUGACUGGGAAUAGGGCGAUACGGUGAAUGAAGUUUGUGUGAAUGCUUGCGACGAGGUUCUGGCUUUUGCAGAGGAACUUAUCUAUGACUGGUUCUGUGUAACAACACCAAGAAAGGUAUGACGGACCAGUGACGCACGCUGACGUGUCUCAUGGGUACACUUGCAAGCUCCCUUCUAUUUCCUUUUCUCAAGAAAUAACGACAGAAUCAUUGGCAAUGGAAAAAAUGUGAUUGCUGGAUUUUUAAAAUGUUGUUUAAAAUUUUACGAUUUAGAUUAAAACUUUGAAGUGGAUUUCCAUUUAUAUAUAUGGAUGUGCUCUGUUAGUUUUAAUGCUAAUUGCCCAUUGUGAAGCUUACUCUGUUUACGAUGUGGCAAGCUUUCAUGCUGAGGGAAAUUACCAGCAACAUAAAUUCACAUAUAUACCUAAAGGCAUUUUAAUACUCAAAUGUAAUUCUUAUGCUUUAGUGUGCUUUUUCAUGUUGGCUUCUGUUUUCUUGGUUGUUGUUCAAUGCAGCAGAAUGGAUAACAACAAAAUGAUCUCUCCUGGUUAGGCUGGUGCAGGAAUCAAUUCAGGGCAUAUUGACAGUGUGAAGUGUGGUGGCCGUAAAGUAUGAGGGAAAAUGAUACUCGAUUCUAGUGUAACAGUGGAUUGUGGUACCAGAAUACAGUCAUGAUAAAAGAUAGUCACCUGAACCAGUGGGAAAAUGGAGAAUCGAAAUUUUGAUGUGUGAAUAAGGUCAUGUGCUGCCGGUAUGCAGACUGAAUGCUUCUGGUAAGCCAGUGUGUUUUGUUUUUAUUACAAAGUUCAGUGAACUGCGAGACUUUUUAAUUGGUUCCAAGGUGUAGGUUGUGUGUCACCUCUGAGAAGACUUUUAGAAGAAUGGUUGGGAUUUUUUAUUGUAGUAGGCAAACAGGAUGAAUAAAUCGUGGCACUGAUUGAUGCCUGUUAAAUUAUUUUCCAGUCAUGGUGCAUUGAUAGAAGUAAGUUUAAAAGUAAAAAAGGAUGUUAUAAAAUCAUUAAGAUCAAUUUGUGUGGGUUUUUAGGGAGCGGGGGGGGGUCGAGGUAAGUGGAAGGGGGAAGGUAAGUAACGGGUGUUCUCCCCUAGCUAGUGUCAUCAAAGCUUAAAAUGUUCAGUUUUGUUUAUUUAGAAUGAAAGAAUUGGAAUUAAUUUUCACAGUUUUGUCCUUGAGAUUCAGAUCUUGUUGAGUCAAGUUUGGAUUAAGCUUUUCCCCACUCCUGAUGGCUCUUGGUACAGAUGACAAAAGUUUGUAUAGUUUUUUAUGGACAAGAGGCGUACCAUCUUCAAAUUGUUUGGCUUUUUCAAAGAUGUAUUUUGACUGCUUGCGAGGCAGAUUAAUGUUUCUCACUUGAUGUGAUAGGAAUUGGUGAAAUGAACUGACAUGUUAAAUUUUGUUUCUGGACAUGGCAGGUGUGUGUAUAUGUGUGAUCAAUUUCUUUGUUUCAGUUUCAGUUUGCUCUUUGGUUUAUGUUUUGAUGAACAGAUGAUGUUUUUUUCUUCUGUUUUCGACUGAUUUUUUCCUUUUUAUUUGUGUUUUAUAUUUCUCUUAAGUUCCUGUUUUAAUCUCUUUUUAUACUUUGUGAGACCUUAUCAAAAAGAUGUGAGUUUGAAAGAUUUCUUAGACUUUUAAUUUGAACAUUUUAUUUAAAAGAAUUUGAUAUUUGACUUGGAUGUAGAAAGAUGUAACAUUGAAAGAUGAGAUAUUUUGGAUGUUGAAUAUUAGGUUUGUUGGGUUCCUUAUGAGCUUGCACUUUUGUUGUGUGGUAAGAUUGUUUUUGGAAAACGUGUUAAACUGCUUGGAUUCAUGUUUCCAAGUAGCAAGUAUACUUUUCACCCCUCGGAAGAACUGCUUACACUACUCUUUUUAAAAUUUAUAAUGUAUAAAAGAGUUACACCAGUAAUAUUUGGGGAAGGUGAUUUGAUACAUACUGCACCAUACUUGGUUUUUCUCCAGUUGCACACACCUGGCAAAUAAUGAAGAAGUUGCAAAGAAUGUUUGUGAAGUGAUGUGGAAGUUUAAGAGCGUUGAUUGAAGAAAUGAUAAUGUUGUGGCACCAUUGCCUGUUGUUGCCUGUUGUAUGAAAGUUGUGGUUGAGUCAGAAAGCAUGUUGGAUUUUUUGGUAUUGAUGUAUUGCUGACUGCAUUGUACAGUGUUUCUUGCCUGUGUCUGUCAUUUGACUUUUGUAACAGAUUCCAAGCUGUGAUCAAAUGCUUUAUAUUUAUUUCUAUGUUUACUUGUUAUCUAUCUAUGAUUUGUCUUUUGAUUUUUUUUGGUCUUUGUCAACGGCAUCAAUAAAAUAUGUACAUACAGUA